CUCCCCUCAUGAACCCGGAAGCAAACAAGAACGCCAACGAGCAUGAGGGAAAACUCACAUGGUAGCUAAGAGCAGCACAGCGGCCAACAUGUCUGCAGCUAAAGCCAAAAUGCGAGAGAAGAAGAUGAGGAACCAGCCUGUCAGUGUGCAGCAUCCAUCUUCUUCUCACGGGGAGAGUCGCGCAGAGAACGGAGGUGGUCAAUCAGAUGCGCGUCCUUCCUCACAGAGGCAGAGGGCAGCUCCCAACAGGAGCGGAUGGAUCCGUGGACAUCAGAGGGACGGUGGUGGUUAUGCCAGAGAGAUGCCCAAGUACAUCACCGGUGGGUCUUUUGCCAGGGCCAGAGCUGCAGAGGUUAACGCCAUGCUGAAAGCGGUCACCAAGACGGCGGCUAGCAGUCACCUGUUCCAGGGUCUGCCCAAACACAUGAGGCGACGGGCCAUGAGCCACAACACCAAGCGGCUCCCCCGCAGGCUGAGAGACCUGGCCAACAGAAUGAGGGAGAAGAGCCUCCAGGCCGGCCCUAAGAAGAAGAAGGAACCCGCAAAGAACAAAAGCCGCAAAGCUCGCCGGCGGCACGGGAACCUGCUGCUGGAGUUCAACCGGCGCCAGCGGAAGAACAUCUGGCUGGAGACGCACAUCUGGCAUGCCAAGCGCUUCCACAUGGUGAAAAAGUGGGGUUACUGCCUCGGGGACAGACCCACGUACAAAUGCUAUCGGCCGUGCUACCGAGCAAUGAGCAGCCACUGCCUGCUGCAGGAUCUUUCUUAUUACUGCUGCAUAGAGUUAAAGGGGGAAGAAGACAAGUUGUUGGCCGCUCUGUCGCAGCUGACAUGCAAGGAGGCUGGUCCCACAUUUGCUGCCGCCAUGUGCCUGUCAGGGGCCCGACAGGGCAGCGUCACGGUGUACAAGGCGGGACAGUACCCUACCCAGCCCCUGGGACCUGUUACCUACCUCUGGAGACCCCCAACAGCGGGGUUGACCCACCGGCAGCUCUGGAUCUGGGCCCAUCCCACACUGAAGCAGGAUCUUCUCCCUGAAUUACAAAGCGUGUGCCAGUGUUCUGAGGCUGUGGUGCCUCCAGUUCAGCCGGAGGUGUCGUGUGCAGAGGCUGAUCCCGGCAUUCAGGCAGAACCAAAGUCUGACAGCAAGCUGAAACCUGGAGCCAAGAGGAAGAAGAGCUGUAAGGAUGCCGCUGAACCUCCCGCAAAGAAGAUCCUGGGGGAUGGAACCAGAUUACCCGGCACCCCGGUUACCUGGAAGUCCAGCUCAACUGGGAUAGUUAUAAACGAUCUCACAAUGGAGAUUGUGCGCUAUCGUCUGAUUGGACCGCAGUCUCACUCAGUGCUGACUGAAACUUUGGAAGCAGCUACCGUCUGUGAUGCAGGCAGGACGGAACUGGAGUCGCCGUCCCUCUGGUGGCCUCAGCACUGCAAAGAUCAGAGCAACAUGACGCUCCAUCAGCAACAGACUGAUGUCUUUAAUAUACUCAAAGGUGUCUGUUCAACGGGAGAAGUCCCCCCAGGAACAGUGCUGGGGCUGACUGUGGACGACCCCCGGCUGAAUCUGCCAAAAACCAAGGUUAAAGCUGUGCCCCGUGUGAGCCAGCUCCAAGAAGCCGACGAAGAGAAGAUGCGUGAGCUGAUGCUGCGAGGAGUGCCGCAGCCAUGCUGCCAGAGUUCCCUGUGGGAGCAGUCUGUCCGCAACAGCGUCACCGACAACAAGAUGUCCGAGCAGGAGCUGAACCGCAUGAAGAGUGAAAUGUUGGUGCCAGGCUCCAGGCUGAGCCCCACUCCCCCACAGGGCCGGGUCCCCAUUUUACUGGUCCAUCAGCCUGGCAAGCAGGUGGGAAAUGAGAUGAGCUGCUGGGGGGCUGGAUGGGAGCUGCUCCUUCCUAAAGGCUGGGGGAUGGCCUUCUGGAUCCCACUGGUGUACAGAGAGGUUCGCGUAGCCGGCCUGCACAUGAGCCUGAAACACUCCCAGAACAAAGCGGCUCCCCACUUUCCCCACGACUAUCCGGACUGCCCCGCAGGAGCCCGUUUUCAGGAGGAGCAGGAGGCAGAGUUUCUGGACAAGUUUAGAAGGCGUCCGCCAGCCAAGAGGACCAAUUACAUUAAACAUGGCUGCCUGGCUCCUUUUCGUUGCCCUUGGCAACAGCUGGCAGAGGAGUGGGAGCUCCUGAUGAUGGAAGGAGGAGCGGAGGGGAAAGGAGAGGGCCAGACCCAGAGCUCAACAAAAACCCACGUUGAGACGGAGGAGGCGACGCCUCAGCAACACAGAGCUGUAGCUAAUCCUCCGAUCCGCUUCAACGUUCUCAGACCGGUACAAUUUCUGAAUGUAGGGGCACCAGGCCCAGCAAAUGAACAAGGGCAAUGUCCUGCUAGAGGAAGAGGCCGAGGUGCACGAAGACGCCUUGCUGUACCGGAUGAAAUUUGGGCCACAAUUCUAGACAAUGUUGUCAACAGUCGCCUUACAAUGGCAGCGGCAGGUCACCAGCUGCAGUCUAAUGUGCCUCACUCUACAGUCUCCUCCAUCAUCCAAACCUUUCGAAGGAAAACCGGGUAUGUACAUCAAUGAUGGAAUAGUAUACUGUAUGGGACAGGACACUGCAUUGAGCUGGUCAUGGAGCUACGACCACCUUACUCUCUUUUAAUCCUAUUGAGUUUUUCUUGCGCUUGGGGGUGGAGACUAUAUGAGCACUUUGCUCAAGCUCAAAGGUCCCUGCUCCAUGUGAUGGAUGCUGCGUGUGAAGACAUUACAGGACAACGACCAGCAAGUGUUCAAAGUCCUGCUUUACUCUAAUAACAGCACAGUAGGAUACAUACAAUUUUUCUUUUUUAUUACAGUAUAUAUAUAUGCUGUAUAUUUUUCUUUUUACUUGAUUGUAUAGUACUGCAAUAUAUACAUUUUUGUGUGAAUUAAAAUUGUUAAAAUUUCCAUGGCAGUCUGAGUGUAUGAUGUCAAACCUUUAAAGCUACUCUUACUGUAAAAUCUUUUUCUGUUUUAUGCACAGUUAUAUCCCAUUAGGUAGUCGGGCAAUAGUGACGAAACAUCUAAACAUUUUCACUUGCAGUGCUCACACAAUGUCAAAUGGAUGAUGCAUUUUGGAGGCCCUGACUAUUUCUAUGAGAAAGGAAUUUAGUUUUGACUCAUGGGUGAACUGUUUUGGGAGUGAUCUGGACUUUUGCAGGCGAACCGUGGUGUUGUGCUGAACAAUCCAGGCUAUUUUGGCAAAAGCACCAAGAGUUUUGAGAACGUCUGGUCUGUUUCAAGAAAUGAGCCAAAGCAAUUGAGAAGGAUCUUUGUCAUUUUGGUGGCACUGACUAUUAAUAUGGGAGAGGAAUUUAGUUUUGAAGGAUGUGUGAACAGUUUUGGGAGAGAUAUGAUCUUUUGCAAGUAAGCUAUGACGUUGUGCUGAACUGCAUGGCUGUUUUGCUAAAUGAUUUUGGGGAGUUUUAAGAACUUAAUUUCUGUUUUAAGAAAUGAGCUAAGCCAAUGGAGAAAAACUAAGACAAGUAGCAGAAGCUGCUCUGGUCAGAUGAAACCAAAAAUGUCCUGGCAAACACUGCAAAAAACACCUUCACCACACCGUGGCUAUGGUGAAACCCAGAGCCCAUCUAUCCUAUCUGAGUAGUUCAAAGUUGGUGCAGAAAUGCCCCUAAAACAAUGAUAGCUUUAUCUAUGCUCAACUGACAAAUGACUUAGUUUAAAAAAUAUGCACCUAUUUGGCAUGGUCUAUCACGCCAAUGAAAUAUGUUAGUUGUUGUAAGCUGAGAAAAUGUUAAAAGGUUCCAUGG